AAAAGAAACAGGGCGGGUUUGAAAGCAAUUACUCUUUCUUCAUCUUUGCCGCAAUGGAGAAGGGACUAAGGGCGUACAUGGAAGUCCUCCGGCUAGUUCGCCGGCUUCCGGCGGAGACAAGGCCGUACUACGCCAAGUUCGCAAGAGAGAAUUUCGUCAACUACCGCAAACUUGACGACCCUUCCAGUCUCCCCGAUCUCCUUCGCCGCACCUACAACCACUCUAUCUGGGUCCUCAAGAAGUACUCGGUGAAUGAGUCGUUGGCUGACAAUCUGAAGAGGGUCUGUUCGUGCUAAUGAGGUAUCAUGCUCGGUGAAAGUCUGCAGAGUUAUUUCUUAGCAAGUAAAUGUGCUUGGGAUACAUAAACAAUUUUACUUCUGGGAUGGAAUUUCAUGUAGAAGCUCUCAGUUCUCAAUUAUUUCUUCAAUAGCUCCAUUUGUAAGGCUAAAGGCGACAUCUAUUAUAUUAUUCUUCACCCAGCUUGCAAAAAUUGCAAUAGAAUAAUGUAAUUUUUUUUUUUCAUUUUUUUUUAGAAAUUGCAGUUUGAAUAUUGCAGAAUUUAAUACUGUUCUGAUCAACAGAAUAAAUGCAUGAAUGAUCUGUGCAGUUUUUUUUGGUAAUAAGUUUGCAGUCGAUUUUAUUUGUCAUUUAAAUAGUGAUAAUUAUUUGUUUGUGUUUAUUUGAAUUGCAGUAAAUUUUGUUUGUGCUAAUAUCUAAAUAUCUCAUUUUAGGGGUGUUUUAGUAACAUUCCAUUAUUUUUAUUCAUAAUACUAUCAAAUAAACAUUGAAGAGCGCAUCUUAAAUACUAGCUUAAUAUAGCAUACAGAUAUAAAAUUAUUUAGUUCAUUUUAAAGAUUUUAAUGUUAAUAUUGUAAAUAAGAAAAAUUUUAGUGGCAUUGAAAUAAAUCUCUCAUAUUAUUUUUGACCAACCCUCUCAU